AUAGGAAAUUUCCCAUUGCCUUUUCUUCAUAAGUGGGAGACACACUAAAUUAGCCUAAGAGAUCCUAAUUAUAUAUACAGAGAGAAAAGAGCUAAAGAAGAUAAGAGAUAUUAUUAUUAUGGCUAUAGUAGAAGAUAUUUUGCCAUGCACUGCCAUGGUGAUAAUAGAAAUGUGCACUAUUUUCUUGACAAUUAUGGCAAGCACAGCCAUGUCAAGAUUAGGGAUGAGCUCUUUUGUGUUUGUGGUUUAUACAAAUGCUCUUAGCUCAGUUAUUCUUCUUCCUUUUUCAUAUUUCUACCAUAGAAAAGACAAGAUACAUGCACCAUUGUUUACUUUCCCAAUACUUAGCCGUGUAUUUCUCCUUGGUCUACUAGGGGUUACAAUAGCUCAGAACCUAGCAUUUGCUGGACUAAGUUACAGUUCACCAAUUGUAGCAUGUGGCAUGGCUAACAUGAUCCCAGCUUUAACUUUUAUUCUCGCUAUAUUCCUCAGGAAAAUAAGUAUUGAUGUGAAGAGCCAAGGAAGCCAAGCAAGAAUGAUUGGAACCGUAAUAUCAAUAAUUGGUGGAAUGUCAAUGACUUACUACAAAGGUCCAGUGGUGAAGCAAUAUUCUCCAUUGUUCCUUCAGUUAGCCAGACCACGCCUUCUUGUUUUCACUUCAACACAUGAGAAUUGGGUUCUAGGUUGCUUUUUAUUUGUUACUGCUUCAUUAGCUCUUUGUGCAUGGAAUAUUAUUCAGGCUGGAACUAUCAGAAAGUACCCACAGGUGAUGAAAAUAGUGUUUCUAUAUACUUUAUUUGGGACAAUACAAUCAGCCAUAUUUGCUUUCGUGAUGGAAAAAGAUCUAAAUGCUUGGAGACUCAAGCUUGACAUGGAGCUUCUUGUUAUUGUUUUAACUGCAAUUUUUGGAAGUUUAAUACGUAGCAGUGUCCAAAUGUGGUGCAUGCGAUUGAAAGGACCAUCUUUUCCUCUAUAUUUCAAGCCGGUGGGAAUUCCAACAGCUAGCACUUGUGGCUGUUUACUUUUUGCUGAUACUUUUCACUAUGGAAGCAUGUUGAGUGCAAUUAUAUGUGGAAUGGGUUACUACACUACACUAUGGGGACAACUCAAUGAAGAUGAACAAACAAGUAAAAAGAUUAAGGGUAGCAUGUUACCAACUACAUCUGAUGAGAAAGUUCCACUUUUGCAAGAAAGAGAAGAGGAAGAAGAACAAGGAGAUUCAAAAGUCUAAGAUGGAAAGUUAAUUAAGAUGAUGGAGAUCAUAAAUGUAAUAAAUGCAUGCUAGAAAUUUUCAAUUUGUUGUAUAUAUGUGUUGGGAGGAUGUAUUUUUUCAAGCCUACCAUCACAAGUUGAACAAUGAAAUUGUUGUUCAACUAUAUUAGUUUUCUCUUUAGGAAGAGCUCUUUGUUGAUAUGUUUGAUUGAAAAAAAUGGUGUAUGUGUUGUUAAUUUAUCCUCUUUGUUAAUAGUGAGAGCAUUGGUUUUGAAAUCAA